AGUUUGUAACAGAUUGGGAGGUUGAGCGUCGACCACAGUAGGGCAAUCUUUAUAAUUUUUUUUUGUUGACAAAAGUUUAUUUACUCGUUUGUAUAACAAAUAAAAUCACAUUUUAAAACAUUUCAAACGGUUUUUUCCUAUAAUGUCAGCAAUGUCUUCGACGCUCGGGCAAAACUCAGGCGAAUCUCAGAAAAACGAGAACGAUUUCAAAGAGUACAAAAAUCGGGAUGAAAAGCCGAACAACACUCAAUCACAAGUGGUAAAUCACUACAAUUCAAUCGAGGAGAAAGGCCUCUCAUACAGGAAUCAAAGCAGAAUCGUCUACUUGAGGAAUUUCAAUAACUGGAUUAAGUCCAUGCUUUUGGCUGAAUACUUGGACCACAUCAAGUCAAAGAAAAGCCAACACGAACCGAUAAAAGUACUCGAUUUGUGUUGUGGAAAAGGAGGUGAUUUGAAUAAAUGGCACAAAGGCAAUGUGUCUCAUUUAGUAUGCGUGGAUAUAGCUGAAAAUUCAGUCAUCUCAGCUCAGAAAAGGUACAAUGAUAUGAAAUCUAGGAACUACAGGAUUUUUACUGCUGAAUUCAUUGUCGCCGAUCUCACAAAGGAACGUGUCUGUACAAUGUACAAGGACCCGAAAAUAAAAUUUGACAUCGUGAGUUGCCAGUUUGCAUUUCACUACUGCUUUGAAUCACUGCAGCAGGCAGAAAUGAUGCUGAAGAAUAUCACUGAUAACCUUUUGCCCGGCGGUUAUUUUAUCGGAACAAUUCCGAACGCUUUUGACAUUAUUGCAAGGAAGCAAAAGUCCAAACAAAACUGGUUUGGAAACACAGUUUUCACAGUGACUUUUGAAGAUGAUCUUCCCCAGCCUUAUCCACUAUUUGGCGCUAAAUACAAUUUUCACCUCCACGAAUCUGUCGACUGCCCUGAAUUCUUGGUACAUUUUCCAACAUUUGAAAGACUGGCAGCACGAUUUGGUCUCAAGCUUGUAAAAAAGAAAAGAUUUCAAAAUUACUAUGAUGAAAUGAAACGAAGAGGGCAGAUGUUAUUGAAUCAAUUAAACGGUUUAGAGACAUAUCCUCCACUAUCAGGAGUACCACUUUUGGGGCCAAGAGCUGACUAUUCCCACGCAAAGGAAUAUUUUAAAGAAUUUCCUGGCAAAAAGCUGAUUGGGACAUUAUCUCAAUCUGAGUGGGAAGUCUGUUCAUUAUAUAUGAUUUUCGCUUUUCAAAAAGUUGACCCGAAAGAGUUGGUCGAAGAAAAACAAAACACAUAAAAACUGGUAUUGCACAGUUAUAGUUAAUUUGAAUAAUUAAGGUAAACAAUAUAAGAAAAGCAUAACUUUUGAAGACACUUUUAUAAAACUAAAAAUCAAACAUUCCUCUUGACUUCAAAAAAAAAAUUAUUUGUUGAAUACUUUCGAGGGUUUACAUUAUAAAUUGCGUGAAGUUUCUUUUUUCUCACCCAUCCCACUCACAUGAGUUAUUUUACCAUUGACAACAUAUAAGAAAAAAAUUGUACAAUCUCUGAGAUCUGUAUAUUUUUAAUAUAACGUUUGUUUUUAA